CCUGUCAUCAGAAACAGUGACUCACAUCAUUAUUUGUAAUAAACAAACUUUCAUCUUUUGUUUUUAUUUUUCUUGCAAAACAAAACAAAGAUUCUCCUAAUAAUUUCGGAACCAAAAGAACCCAAAACUAGAAAACAGAGAAGAAGAAGAAGAAGAAGAAGAGAGCAAAAAUUGGUGAUGUCAGCUUCCCGAUGGACGUUGAUGGAUCUACCAUCGUACCUGUCGUCAUCGUGGGCAUUCCGGUGGCCGGAGGUGAAUCUUUCAUCCCUGAGCUCUGGUUGGAACAUGAGAUUGUUGUCCUUGUCGGGUGAUCUCUCCAUAGUUGAUGAUCUUUUGUGGAGUUUUGUCUCAAUCAUUGAAUCUUUAGCUAUCACUGCUACGGUCUGUUGCUUCUUCUUGUUUUGUGGUUGUACCCUCUAAUUCCCUUUUUUCAUUAUUUAAUUUUCCGAAUUUUAUUGCCAACUGAAAUGUGUGUAAAGAAAAUAAUCAAUUAAAUUCGAGACUUUUUUAGCAUCCUCACUGAGUUCUUGGGUCUUCAAAUAUGAAGAAACUAAAGAAAAUGAAUGACAUUUCCUUAUAGAUCAAAGUGAUAUAUAACUUAAGAUUAAUUUGCUUUUCUU